CACAACCACAUCUACAAUCCCACCAACUGAACCUACUACUACCACAACUGAAGAGCCAACCACAACCACAAAAUCUACAAUCCCACCAACUGAACCUACUACUACCACAACUGAAGAGCCAACUACAACCACUACAGGUCCAACUACUGUUUCAACACAUUUAACAACAUUUGAAACACCUGUAACUGGUCCAACAUUACCGACAUCAGUGCCUCCACCAACUGUCCCCCAAAUUUCUGCCACUACAGAAUGUUUCUGCUUUGUUAAUGAAACAUAUUAUAGACCAGGGGAUGUAAUAUUAGACAUGAAAGACAUUGGAUCAGGUGUAUGUCUCACAAUGAUAUGUUCUGAUAUUUGUGAGAUUCAUAACACAACAGUAAUUUGCACAAGCAUACCUACACCCACACCCACAACACCUGUACCUACCUGCCCUGAAUGGAAUGUAACACAAAAUGAGACCUUCUUUUUGUGCAACUGCACCAUGGCCAGAUGCAUUGAGAACAAUACAAUUGAAAUAAUUCCAUAUGAAUGUCCACCCCUUGAGAACAUCACUUGUACCAAUGGAAAGAAACCAGUUCUUGUGUAUGAUGAGUACUACUGCUGCCAGCAUUACGCUUGUGACUGUGUAUGUGAAGGCUGGGGAGAUCCUCAUUACAUUACAUUUGAUGGAUUGUACUACAGUUAUCAAGGAAACUGUACUUACGUCUUGAUGGAAGAGAUUUUACCAAAACAUAACUUGAACAUUUAUAUUGACAAUGUCUUGUGUGAUCCCACUGAAGAUGUUUCUUGUCCGCGAUCAAUAAUGAUAUCAUACCAAUGGGAAGUUAUCACACUCUUAAAUCAUAACCUUCUUGGAGCAGCACAGUUGGAGGCACUGAAAAACGGAGUACGUCUGAAACUACCUUAUUCACAACAAGGUGUUAGGAUCUUCGACUCUGGCAUUAACUUGGUUUUGGAGAUCCCUCGCUUAAAAGUAGUCAUUACAUUUGGAAUAACUGGCUUUAGUGUGACCCUUCCAUAUCAAUACUUUGGCAGUAACACACAGGGCCAUUGUGGAACAUGCAAUAACAACACAACUGAUGACUGCAGGCUGCCUGGAGGCCAGCUGGUGCAAGAUUGUGCCGUGAUGGCCGACUAUUGGCCUGCAAAACACAUUAACCAACCCAACUGCCACAUACCUUCUGUUUUGCCCACCAAUAUGCCUGAACCUCCACCAACCCUAACUCCAUGCAAGCCAGAUUCCAUAUGUCACCUGCUUAAGAGCAGUCUCUUUGCAGCAUGCCAUCCCUUUGUCUCUCCUGACAAUUUCUAUCGAGGUUGUGUUUUUGAUAGCUGCCAUGUUUCCAACCCAGCAGUGGAUUGUACAAGUUUGCAGACUUAUGCUGCUGCCUGUGCUCAGGCUGGGGUUUGUCUGCACUGGAGGAACCACACCAAGUUGUGCGCAAGUGACUGCCCAUCAAACAAAGUUUACAAGCCAUGUGGUCCUGCAGAACAGCCAACCUGUGAAGACAAUUCUAAUGAACCAGCCAUGAACUACACUACCGAGGGCUGCUUUUGUCCUGAUGGAAUGAAACUCUUCAACAAAGACUCUGGCAUAUGUGUUAAUACAUGUGGAUGUCUUGAUCCUGAGGGCAUUCCUCGUCAGCUUAAUGAGAGGUUUGAGUACAAAUGCCAAAACUGCAUUUGUGAGGAGUCCACCAAGACUGUGACUUGCAAGCCAAAGGCAUGCCCGACACCACCUAUAACAAAUUGCAUUGGUCCCGGGUUUGUCCUUGUCAACCAAACUAUGCCAUCAGACCCCUGCUGUUCUACUUUUGUUUGCCAAUGCCACAGCAACACUUGCCCAAUCACCGACAUGAACUGUCCAGUAGGAUAUAUGCCAGUUGUCAGUGUUCCUGAGGGAAAGUGCUGUCCAGAACGUAGAUGUGAGCCUAAAAGAGUUUGUGUCCACAAAGACUAUGAAUACCAGCCUGGCUCUUCAGUUCCUGCGCCUCUAUGUCAGGAUUGUAACUGCACCAAUGAGGUGGACCCCCGUUCUGGUCUAUUCAAGAUACGUUGUGAGUUUCAGAAAUGUCAAGAAGACUGUGACAUGGGAUAUGAAUAUGUGGAAACUGAUUCAGGUGAAUGCUGUGGAAAGUGUGUACAGACACACUGUGUCGUCAGUGUUAAUGAUGAUACCAAGAAGCUCUUGAAGCCAGGAGAGACCUGGUCAUCAACUGAGAAUAAGUGUCAGCAUUACACCUGUGUUGAGGUCGGUGACACUUUAACAACAUUCAAUUCACAAAUUGUCUGCCCGCCAUUCCAGCAGAGCAACUGCCAACCUGGCACAAUUCAGACUGCAGCAAAUGGCUGCUGUAAAAUCUGUGUGGAGCGGAAGAAGGGCUGCAAGGUAGUACCCAUGAAAACACACGUUAUGCACAAGGGCUGUCAGUCCUACCAGGAGGUAGAUAUGCCAUAUUGUGAAGGAUCCUGCAACACUUUCACCAAGUACUCUGAAGCAGCAGCUGCUAUGCAGCAUUCUUGUUCCUGCUGCAGGGAGACUCGCUCCAGCAAUCGCACUGUUGACUUGCACUGCCUGAAUGGAGAUGUGGUUCCCUACUCAUACAUCCAUGUGGAGGAGUGUGGCUGCGGCCACACAGACUGCACCAGAGCUGCUGCACAACCCGUGCGUAGGAGGCAAAGCUCCACACUGGUGUAAACUGGAUGUGGGAUGUAAAGGUUUCUUCCAAUAUUGUCUUGACUAUCAUUACAUCUCUUACAAAGCAAUUGCCUUUGUAGAGAGAAUAUUUAUCAAUUAAUCAAAUAAAAAUAUGCAACUCUGUU